AUGGUAACAGCUGUAGAACAGCUGGGAAACAGAGCUGAUGACAUCACUGAUGACAUCAGCAUCAUUGAUGAUGCUGAUGUCAUCAGUGAUGUCAUCAGCUCUGUUAUGUUCCUCAGUGAUGUCAUACGGAACUUUGAUGUCUCACAACAGACUCUGUGUCAAGAACCUUGUUGUCCAAAGUACCAAAGAACUUCUAACCUUAAUUCACAACAUUGAAACCAGAAUUAGAGCGAUUUAUUAGCAGCACUUUGUUUGUGGUAAAAGUUAUCUUUGACUCGAAAAUGUCUCAUUCAAGCGAAGCCUGCUGUGCAGCAGUUUAUCAGGAUAAGGUGUAUGCAGAUAUUGACAUUGAACCAGGAGAAAUACUGAAUGGUGACGCCAAUCGAUACUUCAUUUUGGAGUUCAUCGACAGCGGAACUUAUGCUAAAGUUGUCAAAGCAAAAAAUGUCAUCACAAGGGAGUCAGUCGCCCUGAAGAUCAUGAACAACGAAGACAAAGAAAUCAUUGCGAACGAGAUUGAGAUACUGCAAACUCUUAGGACUCUAGACGCUGACAAGUCUAACAUUGUGCAGUUCUUUGAGACGUUCGAGCACAAUGGACACACCUGUCUAGGUAUGUAGAUUAUAUUCCAUUUCACCAUUCUGUUUUACUGUUGAAUGAAAGUAUUUUUUUGGAUAUCAGCGAUAUGUGGUAAAAAGUUGGACGUUUACUGCACUAAAAACAUCUUGUAAAAUAUCAGGUCUAAUUUCAGACCAAACACUGGAUACCAUUGUAUUUAAACCUUGAUAUUCAGAAAGUACUCAUUUGGUCUAAAAUACUUUACAAAGGCAUAACUUUUUUUGGUUAGAAACAAAAGAAAAACACUUGUAAAUAUUUCAGAUUUAGCAGUGGUCUUUUUAUAAUUCAUGUAUUUUAAUGCUCUUUAGUGUUACUCUUACCUUGUUCUAUCUCAUCAAAUCCUGUCUUUUUUUUUUGUCUUAUCUUUUUGUAGCCUUUGAAAUGCUGGACAAAAGUCUUUUGGACCUAUUGAAUGAAAACGAUGCGCCAUUCUCUCUUCAUGAGAUUCGUCCAAUCACCCAGCAACUUCUGUCAGCCUUUGAUGCCCUGGCAGACAUCGGGAUCAUAUACACUGACCUAAAGCCUGACAAUGUUAUGUUGGUUAACCAGAGAGACCAGCCUUUCAGAGUGAAACUUAUAGACUUCGGUGUGUCCGUUAAGACCUCUGAGGUGGACGACGGUUUGGGAAUGCCGGCAGUCCCUUUCAGAGCUCCUGAACUGUUCCUGGGCCUCCCCUCCUCAGAGGCAAUAGACAUGUGGGCUCUGGGGUGUCUCCUGUUCACAAUGUUUCACUUUGACUACCCGUUUGAUGAUGACUCUGAUGACCCUAGUGAGAUUGGGACCAUGGAGAACAUUGUAGCCAUCAUGGGUCAGCCAGCUGAUCACCUCCUCGAUGCUGGAAAAUUCACAACAAACUACUUUGUAAAGAACCCAUCCUCAGAACACCCCAAAUGGUUGGUGAAAAACCAGACAAAAACUGGUCUUGAACCUGAAACCACACUAAGUGUAAAUUCUCUGGAGGACCUGGUCACACUUAACCUAGAGAACCAUGGGUCCAUUGAGAUCGAGGACCGCAGAGCCUUUGUGAGCCUCCUGAAGGGUCUCCUAAACACUGACCCAGAGAAGAGGAUUAGCCCCAAGCAGGCUCUAAGUCAUCCAUUUAUCACCAUGGUCCACCUGCAGGAGAAUGCUGACGGCCAGUACCUGGAAGACGCCAGGGACAAAAUGGUCAUCACUUACAGGAACAGGUCAGAGGAGAAUCAUCUUAGUCCAGCUGCUGUGGUAGACAAACAUGAAGAACCAGCUGAAGCUGAAGCGGCUAUAAGCAGCUCAGCUGUAGAAGAUCCAGCUCUUACCAACAUCUCAGAGGAGAAUCUUCUUAGUCCAGCUGCUGUGGAAGACAAACAAGAAGAACCAGCUGAAGCUGAAGCAGCUAUAAGCAGCUCAGCUGUAGAAGAUCCAGCUCUUACCAUCAUCUCAGAGGAGAAUCUUCUUAGUCCAGCUGCUGUGGAAGACAAACAAGAAGAACCAGCUGAAGCUGAAGCAGCUAUAAGCAGCUCAGCUGUAGAAGAUCCAGCUCUUACCAACAUUAACCAGUCAGAGGAGGAUGUUUUCAACACAAAUGAGCUAGUGAGGUUUGACUCUGAUCCUCAACUUGUAAUAGGUCCAUCUGUGAGAAGGAGAGGUGGCCCACUAAGACGGGUCAGACGUUUCUUUGGCAGAGUCUUCAGGGCCAUGUGUUGUUGUCUCCCGCCUAGGGAUGACUAGAACGUCCUGGGUUCGGAUCCGGGUCAGGGCGUUUCUGUGUGGAGUUUGCAUGUUCUCCCUGUGUCUGUGUGGGUUUACUCCGGGCUGCUCCGGUUUCCUCCCACAUUCUUUCAAAAAAAAAAAAACAUUGUGGCUUUUCCCUCCCAUGGAGGGUUUUAAUUCCCCUCCUCGAGCUACCACCUUACCGUGGUGGAGGGGUUUGUGUGUCCUGAUGAUCCCAGGAGCUAAGUUGUCGGGGCUUUAUGCUUCUGGUAGGUUCAACCAUGGCAAACAUGUCCUGUGGGAGGGAUCAGACUAAGGGUAGCUCAAAUAGACCUUUUAUGAUGAGUAAAAUAUUUAGUAUCCAGUUUACUUUGCCCCAGGUUACUGAGCCACCUCCACCUGGCUGGCUAGAGGAACGGAGGGAGGCACUGGAAACAAAAUCAGAAGAAAGUGAGGGUUAA